AUGAUUCUGGUGGCGAUCGUGGCGGAGCUGCUGGAGGAGUACACGGCGCUGGUGGCGCGGGUGCUGGAGCAGCUGCUCCACGGCGCGCCCUUCCCGCGCCGCAUGCGCUUCCUCAUGCUCCGGAGCCUCCCCUUCGCCGCGCCGCCGCUCCCGCCGCCGCCGCCGCCGCACGCGCUCCACGACUCAGGAGUCGCGAGGCGUCUGGAUAUUUUGGACGGCCACCUGGCGCCCCAUGCGAGCUUCCAGCGUCGGAUCACCAUCUGA